CAGGAGAGCGAGCCUGAGCCCGGAGCGCCGCGGCGGCUAUCGGCGCUCUGGUCCGCGGAAUGACCCGCCCGCGGCUCGCCGCGUCCGCCACCCACGACCCCUAGGACACCGGACACCACUCGCCCUCGGCUCAGCCCCGCCGGCGCAGACCCGGUCCUCCAAGCCGAGCGUCUCUGGUCCGUUCUCAGGGCAGCCCGCCUGAGGUUUUGCAGAUACUGAGGUAAAUUUGAAGUUGUUCCACACCAUGGAAAUGGAAACCACCGAACCUGAGCCAGACUGUGUAGUACAGCCUCCCUCUCCUCCUGAUGACUUCUCAUGCCAAAUGAGAAUCUCUGAGAAGAUCACUCCAUUGAAAACUUGUUUUAAGAAAAAACAGGAUCAAAAGAGAUUAGGAACUGGAACCCUGAGGUCAUUGAGGCCAAUAUUAAAUACCUUGCUAGAAUCUGGCUCUCUUGGUGGAGUUUUCAGAGCUAGAGACCAAAAUGCAGAUGAAAGCACCUUACAUGAACAGAUGGUGAAAAAACCCCUGGAAAUUAACCCUUCAUGUUCACCGGCAGAAAACAGUAUGUCCGUCCUGAUUCCUGACGGGACAAAUAUUGAGGGCCAAUUACCAGAAGCUCAUCCUUCUGCUGAUGCUCCAGAGCAGGUGGUUCCGAUCCAGGAUCACAGUUUUCCACCAGAAACCAUCAGUGGGACAGUGGCAGAUUCUACCCCAGGACACUUCCAAACUGACCUUUUGCAUCCUGUUUCGGGUGAUGUUCCCACUAGUCCUGACUGCAUAGAUAAAGUGAUGGAUUUUGUUCCAGGAGCUUUCCAAGACGAUAGUUGUACAAUCCAGUACAUUUUGGAUACCAGUGAUAACUUGAGUACUGAGCUCUUCCAAGACAAAAGUGAGGAAGCCUCCCUUGACAUUGUGUUUGAGCUAGUAAACCAGCUACAGUACCACACUCACCAAGAGAAUGGAAUUGAAAUCUGUAUGGACUUUCUGCAAGGCGUUUGCGAUUAUGGCAGGGAUUGUUUGAAACAUCACACCAGAUUGCCCUAUCAUUGGCAGAUCAGAAGGACAACUACUCAGAAGUGGCAGAGUGUUUCCAAUGAUUCUCAGGAGCACUUGGAAAGAUUUUAUUGUAACCCAGAAAAUGAUAGAAUGAGAAUGAAGUAUGGAGGACAAGACUUUUGGGCAGAUUUGAAUGCUAUGACUGUAUUUGAAACAACUGAAUUUGACCAACUACGAAGGCUGUGCACACCACCCUGUAGGAAUACAAGCUCUCUUUACAACACAUUUUGGAAAUUCUUCUGUAGAGACCACUUUGGAUGGAGAGAGUAUCCUGAGUCUGUUGUUCGAUUAAUUGAAGACGCCAACUCUCAGGGUCUGAAAGAAGUUAGAUUUAUGAUGUGGAACAACCACUACAUCCUUCACAACUCAUUCUUCCGGAGAGAAAUAAAGCGGAGACCCCUUUUCCGCUCCUGUUUCAUACUGGUCCCAUAUUUAAAGACACUUGGUGGGGUUCCCACUCAGUCUUCUCUUCCUCUUGAAGCAACUUCGUCACAAAUCAUCUGCCCAGAUGGAAUAACUUCAGCAAACUUUUACCCUGAAACAUGGGUUUAUAUGCAUCCAUCUCAGGACUUCAUCCAAGUGCCUGUUUCUGCAGAGGAUAAAAGUUACCGAAUCAUUUACAACCUUUUUCAUAAGACUGUACCUGAAUUUAAAUACAGAAUUUUACAAAUAUUGAGAGUCCAAAACCAGUUUCUUUGGGAGAAAUAUAAGAGGAAAAAAGAAUAUAUGAACAGAAAAAUGUUUGGCCGUGACCGAAUAAUAAAUGAGAGACACUUAUUUCACGGAACAUCCCAGGAUGUGGUGGAUGGGAUCUGCAAGCACAACUUUGACCCUCGCGUCUGUGGAAAGCAUGCUACAAUGUUUGGACAAGGCAGUUAUUUUGCAAAGAAGGCAAGCUACUCUCAUAACUUUUCUAAGAAAUCCUCCAAAGGAGUCCACUUCAUGUUUUUGGCCAAAGUGUUGACUGGCAGGUAUACGAUGGGCAGUCAUGGCAUGAGAAGGCCCCCUCCAGUCAAUCCUGGCAGUGUCACCAGUGACUUGUAUGACUCUUGUGUGGAUAAUUUCUUUGAGCCUCAGAUUUUUGUCAUUUUUAAUGAUGACCAGAGUUACCCUUAUUUUGUUAUCCAAUAUGAAGAAGUCAGUAACACUGUUUCCAUCUGAAGACCUUGGUACUACUAAGUUAUUGGAUAUGAACUCACUGUUUCCAUCUGAAAGCCUUGGUACUACUAAGUUAUUGGAUAUAAACUCAAGUUCAGCGUUUGUAGCAGGCUUGGGUGGGGCUGGGUGGGAAACAGCAUUGAACAGAAGCAGCAUUCUUUUCAGGCCCAAUUUCUUAAGUGCUAGAAAGUAAUUUUUAAAAGAAACAGUGGGUUUUUAAAUGACUGCUCACUAUUUAAUUAUUUACUAAUUGCUAGUGUACUGGUGUGGAGAAGAGUAAAGAGUGCAUUCACACUUGUACAUGUAGGUAGCAGUGUUAGCAGUGUUCAGAGACAAAAGCAAAGACAACUGACUGGCCUUUGAAAUGUUGCUUGGGGCUGGCAGAAGUUUGGUCAAAACAAGUAGAGGCUGUGAGCAAAGUGAAGAUUCUGUGUACUUAACAGAUAAAACCAAUGGGAACUGACACUACCGUGCUUAUUACCUCCCAAAGCAUCGUGUGUUAUACCUCGGGGAGAAUAAACUCACGUACUCCUGGUAGGCAGGAACAGUUUUUCAUUAGGUGUCCAGGGCUGAAAUACGUCACCCACUCAGAAACCUCCAGAAUUUUCCUGAGAGUUCAGGGUCUGUUUGGAGGAAGUAAAAUAAUAACAAUAAAAGCACCAUUUGAAAAAAUUGUCACCAGCAAAAUUUCCAUUAAUUAGUUGUGGGUUGUGAUACAUGUGUUAAAAUUCAGCCAUGGAAAACUCAGUCUCUUCCAUUGUUGCCCACUUUAGUUUCAAAGUUGGACAGCUAUGUUGGUGAAAGCCAGUCUUGAGGGUUAAAAGUACUUCUUUUUGGUUCCAAGCCUACCCCUGGGAGGGCAUUAGACAGAAGACAUCCACAUCCAAAGCGAAAAGGUUGCUUACUGUGCUUUGCACAAAGCAGAUUCUUAGCCUUAUCUGCUGAGUUGAAUUGUUAGAGACAGCAAGCCCACCCAUGUACCUGCUUUGCCAGAUGCACUGGAUUUCUUGGCUGACUCUGUACCUUACACUACUUAUUUUAAUAGAAACACAAACUUGGAAAUUGUGCCACUGGCCCAGCAAGAGCGUUGUUGGGGGAAUGUGCUGCAGAGGUAGUACUUGUAAGCAAAGCAAAACCUGAAUGACUGAAGUGAAAGUGCUUGUUCAUGAAAUCAUUUGCCACAGAAGUCCUUCAGAUACCAAGCUCUCCUUGUAUGUCUGUGGCUGUCUCAUUUACCCAAACUUUACAGGAGCUUCUCUGUUAUUUAAAGCGAGAUAAAGCUGUACAUGUCUCAGUGAAGCGGUCUGUUUAAGCACUUGCCAGGGCUUCCACACAACUAUUUAUUUUGCCCUAGUUGAUCCUGCUGUUUGCUGCCAUUGGCAGGAAGAAAAGGGCAACCAUUUCAGUCAUUCAUUCGAUUAUAACUUGUGAACCAGUGAUCCCCAGUCGUUUUCAAGUUAAGACAUGUUACCAUUGCUUGUUUGAUUUUAUGGAACUUGUUCCUUUUUUCUCUUUAAAAGAAACAAAAGCUU